CUAUUUGAGACAAUAUUAUUAUUAUUAUUAUUAUUAUUAUUUUGUUUGAUCUAGAUGUUAGUUAUAUAUCAAUUAUUUAUUCUUUUAAUUUGCUAUUUAGUUGCAUCUGUUAUUUUUUUGAGACACUUACCCUCUUCUUGGAGCUUCUACAUGUGCCAUACAAUCAUCAUUUGAAGCUGCCAACAUUAUUUCUACACAUCAGCCUCUCCUUGAUGAUCCACCAUGAUAGCAAGAAGGUGUCCAUGACUGCAGAGUCAGCCACUCAAGAUUCAAGGAAACGGACAUUGGAGGCAUUCGAGAGAAGACUAGCUGUUGGGAAACAGCAUACUGCAAAUAUUACCUCCGCUGAUUCUUCACACUUUUAUGUGGUCCACCAGGCAUUCCUUUGGUCACAUCUUCCAAGAAAGGGAAUUUCACUUUCUCUGGCCAGGCUACUUUGCAAGAUGACGUCAUCGUCUUCUAGCUUCGGUUGGCGCGUGCAGUGAGUGGGAAUACGGCGACAGCGUGUGGCAGUGUGUGAAGACGUUUUUGGAGACAGGGAACCUCCUAUUCCAUGUUUUUGGACCUCCUGAGCGCGAUGGUGACAUUAGUUUCUGAAGAAAACAUUCGAAAUGUAGGAUUCGAACAAGUCAUGGACUCUUCCUCCGAGCUACUCUCCCGUCUGAUGUAGUUCCUCAACUCUACCUCACUCUUUCACUUUGUGGACCAACUUUGAUACCAAAAUGGCACAGAAACCACUCUCUAAACAAAGUUCUCUGUUUAUUCUCUAAUUUGAUGCCUUUACAAAGGAAAUGAUACAGCUAUUUAUACUAAACCUUAGACCUAAAGACUUAAAUGCUGAAGAAGGAGUUUCAACUAUUACAUAAGUGUUUAUUCAGCUAUUACAUAAGUGUUUAUUAGCCUAUGAAAGUUACAGAGAAUUAUGAAAUUCAAGGUCAUC